UUAAAAUUAUAAUCGAUGUCCUAACCUUUCAGAUUUAUAUUUGUUUAAAAAUGAUUAAAAUGUGUUGUAAUCUAACCUACUAAAUACCUACCUACACUCUUGUUUUCGACAUUUCUUUCAGUUGCAUAAUUCAUUACUAACGGCCCAGUUAAUAUUUUUAACAAUUCAUUGUGUUAUUUUUCAAGAAUUUAAUGAAAACAAUUUUAAUUCGCUAUGAUUUAUAAAAGCAACAAGUUAUCGUGUGUAUUAAUCUUGAUUUACAUACACAUUUUCAACGUCUCUGAAUGCACAAUUUCAUUUUAUCGUCAUACAAAUGAUACUUAUGAAGAUUUUGAUAUUACUACAAUUUAUAGAACCACAUACAAAGGUAACUUAGAAAUUAAUUCAGUUACUGAAAUACAUUCAAGAACUAAUGCUAUUGGAAUGCCAAUACAAGACAAUAAUGGUGAUGAUAUUCAUAUUAUAUCGACGAAUAUAAAAGAAAUCAUUGAUCUUGGAUCAUUUCAGAAUAAUAGUCAAAUGAGUACUUCGUAUAACUCAAAUGAUUGGAAUCGACAAAGUAUAGACUUAAAAGGACAAAGCAGUUGUAACGUCAGGACUAACUACAAUGACUUUCGUAUGGGGCAGAAUACAGGAAACCAAUUGAAUAAAAUAUGCUAUAAUGUUUUUGAAUAUAACUUCCAAAAAUGCAUGUUGGACAGUUACAGGACUUAUAAUUCACCUGUUAUCUGUAAUUUUUUCACGUUUUAUUGGACACCCGAUAAAGAUAACCAAACUUGUUUAACAAUGACAUAUUAUACCAAAUAUGAAUCAAACAUAUAUAUUAUUCUUAAUAUCACGAUGGAUUUAAACGACGAAAAUAAUAAUACGUUGAUAUCUUCAACCGUAUUGGAGAAAUAUAACGGUAUAACAACAUUGAAAAUUACGAACAUUGAUUUUAAGAACAAUCAGAAAUAUAAAUUAUCAUUCAAAUUAACCACGACGGACGGUUAUGGAUUACAAUAUAUUCAUUUUGGACUCAUACGAAUUGCCCAAUGUUCGAAUUAUGAUGAAGAAGAUGUUCGAAUUACUUCUGUGUAUAGAAAAAACACAAUCAAUAUUCUAGGAAACCGUAUAUAUAGGCAAACUUAUUAUCAAGGUCCAUGUUUAAAUGGUGGAUAUAUUAUUGAGCAAUCGUCAAAAUGCAUUUGUCCUCCUGGUUUUAAAGGGCAAUUUUGUGAGACAGGUAGUGGAGCAAACUCCUAUGGAUCCGAUUGUAAAGGAGUUUGUUCUAUACAGGCUGAUAAAAUGUGUCGUGGAAUUGUCAUGUGUACAAGUUAUGGCUGUACAUGCCCACCAGGACUAACCGGUUCAUCGUGUAAUGAAGACUGUACAAUGGGUACAUACGGAGCUGAUUGUAAACAAACUUGUUCCAAGCAUUGUCUUAAUAAUAUGUGUGAUAAAUAUACAGGUGUCUGUUUAUAUGGUUGUUCAGUCGGAUAUAUGCUACCAUAUUGCAGUGAAAAAUAUCAUUACUUGAUUAACCCACCUACACUGCGUUUUGCCAAUUACGAUACAAUUGAAAUAGAAUUGAAUUUUCAAGAAAAUAAUAUAAAAGGUGGAGACAAAAUUAUAAAGCCAAAAUAUUAUAAAUUAUUUUAUAAGUCAUUAAAAGAAAAUAAUUUUAGAAGCUCUGAAAUUCAAUCAAUAAAUAACAACAAUAACGUUACAUUAGAAGUAAUCAGAGACUUAGAACCGGAUACUGAAUAUACGGUAGGAGUUUUGUUAAUUGCAGAUGAUGGGAAUUUUAAUGAACAAAGUAUAGUAUAUGGUCAAUAUAAAACUCCGUGUAUGCAACCAGAAAUUACUGAUUAUAACAUAAAAUUAAUGAGUGGAAUACAAAGCGUCAACAUAACAUGGAAUAUAAGUAUCUCAAAUCGACUAGAAUGCAAUAUUACGAAAUAUGUUUUGACAUUAAUGUCAAAUCAAUCUCAAAAUCAAAUAUCUGAUGUACAACAAAUACUAUCAAGUACAGAUAGUGGUCACGUUUUGGAUAAUCUUCUUCCGGGUUUUAAAUAUAACAUAAAAUUAACUCCUUUGACAAUUAAUGGGACGUUGCCAUCCUCUCCUAUUUAUUCAAUCACUACUGUUAUAACAAAAAACGACGUUCAAAUAAAAAAUAUUUCUACUAAAUAUGAAAAUGGAAAAAUCAAAGUGUACUGGAUACUAGUAAAUUCUCAUCAACAUUCCACUACAGUCAACGAACCAGUAACAUCAGUCAUCAAAUUUAAAGUGAAAAGAAUUCUCAGCUGUUCCAUAAGAGAAGUAGAACAAAAUUGGACGUCAAUAACAAUUUUUAAUCGAACCAACUAUGAAAUCUUCGAUACAGUGCCGAAUUCUCAAUAUAGUAUACAAGUCUUGGUUGACGUUAAAGACAAGAAUACUACUCAACAAGAAAAUAUAAUUGAUGUAUUAACACCAGCAUCAAAUCCCAAAACUGAACCAAUCUUAGAUCCUGAUCAUCCAAUGUGCAUAACUAAUAACUCUAUAUUUAUUCAGUGGAAAUUUGAUCCUGAAAAUUGCUCAAAACUAAAUGGAUUUUUAUCUCAAUUCUAUGUAGAAUUAAAGGAUAAAGUUGAUGAUAUUUUACAAAUAAGAGAAACGAAAAAUAAUUACAUUACCUUUAACGAGCUAAAAUCAAACACAGCUUAUGAACUGAAAGUAUUUAUAAAAACACACUUUGGGUAUAAUCCAGAACAUUUUCUACUCACCAAUGUUACGACUAAAUUAGAAAAUUUAAAACCAGUAGAAGAUUUAGUUGUUUAUAAAAAGAGUCAAAAGAAUCGUAUGGCAGGGUUUCGCUGGAGAUAUUCACAAGACACAAAUGUAGACGGAUUUAUAGUUUCGUUUGAUGAGAAUCCUUUAAUAAACACGAAAAACGUUUCCAUCAUACCACCGCAGAAAUGCUCUGCGUGGCCAGAAUACUAUUGUCAUACGUUUUAUAAUAUGAGUAAAAUGAGCAACAACUACACAUUUAAAAUAAGGCCAAAGUCUAUAGAUUAUCCAGAAGGUGGUAAAGUUUCGUCUGUAUCUUUUAACAGCAUCGAUGGACAACCUGAUUCUCCAAUGAAUUUAAAAAUGACUGAAAUUGGUAGCACUACAAUAGCUCUCCAGUGGGAUAUUCCAUGGAUAUUCAACGGUGUAUUGAAAAUGUUCAUUAUAAACGUCGAAGAAAUUUCAUCAAAUGACAUGGAUAUGUGUUGUGUUAGCAUUACGCCAACAGAAAUUCCGGUUAAUGAAGAACUACCUACGUAUAAUUACACGAUAACUGGCCUGCAACCCGGGUCAACAUAUUCAAUCGGAGUUUUGUCUGUAUCCAAAUCACUAUGGUACAGUUCGCCGUCUAGACUGCCUGUCACAACUCCAACUAUUUAAGUUUUGUCUGACAUACUAAUGAAUUUACAAUAUAUUUUUGUCAUUUAUACAAAAUUAAUAAUGUAGUUUAGUACUUACAUAGUAUCAUUUAUCAAGUAAAUAAACUAAUUAAUCAUAAAAUAUAUCUUGGUAUUAUAUCAUUUCACGAGUACUUAACGAAAAAUAAUUAUCCACAUAUUGAUAAAACAACGAUCGCCUGGACAGCAAUUUAGUAACAUGAUAU